AUGUCAUCACAUCCGAUACUGGUAACUCCAUAUGAGUAUUUUGAAGAUGAAAAAGUGGAUUCUCUGAAAAGAUAUUCACAAUCUAGUAUAGGAGUCAUUUUUAACUUCUUCAAAUCGAUUAAACAAGUCAUAUUGAUAGUCGUUUUAAUUACGAUGAUAGUAGCCACACUAUUCAUUCAAAUGAUUAGUUUUGAUUCGUUUUACACGCCCGAUUUAUCAAGUUUAGAUAACGUUCAAUUUUUCGAUUUGGGAAAUUAUGAGGGCAGUGCCCAUGGUUGGCAAUAUGAAGAACGAGUGUUGUUCUGUGUUCCAUUAAGAGAUGCUGCUGCCCAUUUGCCAAUGUUCUUUGGUCAUAUGAAAAACUUAACCUAUCCUCAUCAUUUAAUUGAUUUGGCAUUCUUAGUCAGUGAUUCAUCGGAUGACACAAUGGGUGAAUUGAAUAAACAUUUAUUAGAAAUCCAAAAUGAUCGAAAUCAAGCUAUGAGAUUUGGAGAAAUUGAAAUUUUCGAAAAAGAUUUCGGACAAGCCAUUGGACAAGGGUUUUCAGAUAGACAUGGGUUUGCAGCACAAGGUCCAAGAAGAAAAUUAAUGGCAAAGGCUAGAAAUUGGCUAUGGACAGUUGCCGUGAAACCACAUCAUUCAUUUGUAUAUUGGAGAGAUGCUGAUGUUGAAACGGUUCCCCCAACAAUUUUGGAAGAUUUAAUGCAUCAUGAUAAGGAUGUGAUUGUUCCUAAUGUUUGGCGUCCAUUACCCGAUUGGUUAGGUAAUCAACAACCAUAUGAUUUAAAUUCGUGGCAAGAAUCAGAUGGUGGGUUACAAUUGGCAGAGACUUUGAGUGAAGAUGCAUGUAUUGUUGAAGGAUAUGUUGAAUAUCAAACUUGGAGACCACAUUUAGCAUAUCUUAGAGACCCAUAUGGAGAUCCAGAAGUGGAAAUGGAAUUGGAUGGUAUUGGAGGUGUCAGUAUUUUAACCAAAGCAAAAGUAUUCCGUAGUGGUUCUCACUUCCCAGCAUUUUCAUUUGAAAAACAUGCAGAAACUGAAGCAUUUGGUAAAUUGAGUAAAAAAAUGGGCUAUUCUGUAGUGGGAUUACCGCAUUAUGUGAUUUGGCAUAUUUAUGAACCAUCUUCUGAUGAUUUGAAGCAUAUGGAAUGGAUGGCAUUGGAAGAAGUUAGACAAAAAGAGGAAGCAAAGAUAAAGAAGGUGUAUGAUAAGGUCUGGAAUAAAGCGUUUGAAGAUGUUCAAGAUACAUGGAGUAAAGAAAGACAGCAGUUUUUAAAGAAUACCGAUAUGUCUAAAUUGAGGCAUAUUGACGUCGAUUGGUCAGGAGCAGAUGAUUGGCAUAUUGACGAAUCACAAAAAGACCAUAAAAAGUUAGCCGACUUUAAUCCAUAG